CAUGACCCGGUGACCCGGUACUAAACGUGCGCGAGGCGAAUCCACUUCCUCUUUCCUCCUGCGUUCCAGAGAGCAGCCAUGGUGAACGUACCGAAAACCCGCAGGACUUACUGCAAGAAGUGCAAGAAGCACCAGCCUCACAAAGUGACCCAGUAUAAGAAGGGCAAGGACUCUCUCUACGCUCAGGGUAAGAGGCGCUACGACAGAAAGCAGAGCGGCUACGGAGGCCAGACAAAGCCGAUCUUCAGGAAAAAGGCUAAAACCACAAAGAAGAUCGUGCUGAGGUUGGAGUGCGUUGAGCCCAACUGCCGCUCUAAGAGGAUGUUGGCCAUUAAGAGGUGCAAACACUUUGAGCUGGGAGGAGACAAGAAGAGAAAGGGCCAGGUCAUCCAGUUCUAAGCUGGGCCAUGGACUUUCUUUUAUGGUUUAUGUCAAUAAAAGUUGUAUACAAAAAAAGUGACUUUCAUUUAUUUCAUUUUAA